AUGAGUCUAAGAUUCGAUCUCAACGAAGGUUUAGAGGAGAAGCUGCAGAGUUUGGAAGAUCUAACAUGGAACGUGAAGCAAAUACAAGAUGAGAUGGUAGCAGAUAUACUUACAGUAAACGCAAACACUGAAUACCUCCACAGAUUUCUCCAUGGGAAGUUUGAUAAAGAGCAUUUCAAGAAAAACAUACCAAUUGUAACAUACAAGGAUGUUCAGCCUUACAUCGAGCGCAUCGCAAAUGGAGAGCCUUCAGACGUCAUAUCCGCCCAACCCAUUACUGGAUUCACCCGUAGUUCUGGAACUUCAGGAGGAAAACAAAAGUUAUUGCCUCUUAACAUGAACUUCUUGGAGAACAUCAAAUUUCUCCGUAAUAUAUGCGCGUUCGUUAUAUGCAGGCAUAUAGAUGGUGCCGAGCAAGGAAAGGUGAUGAAGUUUGCUUUCAUUAAACCCGAAUCUACAACUCCCUCCGGUUUGUUAGUUGGGGCUGCAAGUACGUACUUCUACAAGAGCGAUCACUUUAGGAACCAGACAUCAAACUUUGAUUUUGCAUGCACAAGUCCUACCGAAAUCGUUUUAUGCAGAGACAAUAAGCAGAGCAUGUAUUGUCAUCUCCUCUGUGGACUUGUCCAGAGAGAAGAGGUUGUGAGUGUGAGUGCUGCUUUUGCUUCUACUUUGGUUCGAGCAAUCAAUUUUCUCGAAGAGUAUUGGAAGGAGUUGUGCAGUAAUAUCCGAAUGGCUCAGGUGAGCGAGUGGAUUGAAGACACAAGUUGCAGAAACUGCGUGUCUGAGAUCCUUGGAGAACCUAAUCCUGAGUUAGCAAACUUGAUAGAACAAGAAUGCAACCAGAUUUCAUGGGGAGGUAUAAUUAGUAGACUUUGGCCGAACACCAAAUUUGUUGAGUGUAUUGUUACAGGUCAGAUGACUCAAUACAUUUCAACAUUGGAGUUCUACUCCAAGGAGUUGCCUAUCGUUUCCAUGAAUUAUCUUGCUUCUGAAGCCGUAUUUGGAAUGAAUAUGAAUCCGCUAUGCAAACCACAAGAUGUGUCUUACACAUUUAUACCGAACAUGGCAUACUUCGAGUUCUUACUUGUUGAUGAAGUAAACGAGCUCAAGAUUGUUGAUCUUGUAGACGUGAAGUUAGGGUGCUAUUACGAGACCUUGGUCACAAGUUAUGCUGGAUUAUACAGAUAUCGAGUGGGAGAUAUUCUACAGGUGACUGGAUUCUAUAAUAACGCGCCUCAGUUUAGAUUUGUCCGUAGAAAAGAUGUGGCUCUAAGCAUUGAUGUGGAGACAACUACCGAGGAAGAGCUUUUAAAGGCAGUGACACAUGCAAGGAUGGUUCUUGAAUCCUCCGAUUUGAUGCUGACAGAUUUUACAUGCUAUGCUGAUAUCUCUACUAAGCCAGGCCAUUAUGUAAUUUAUUGGGAACUCAAAGCGAAAAACAAAAACAAAAUCCUUGAACUGGAUGACAAGCUAUUGACGGAGUGUUGCUAUAAAGUGGAAGAAAAUCUCGGCAUUCGUUACAGGAAACUUCGGAGCAAGGAGGGUUCGAUCGGAGCUCUAGAGAUAAGAGUGGUGCAACCUGGAACAUUCGAUUCUGUCAUGAACUUUUUCAUCUCUCAGGGUGCCUCUUUUGUUCAGUACAAAACACCCGUAUGCUUGAAAUCUAGCGAUGCCUUGGCCAAUCUUGAAAGCAAUGUUCUCACACGUUAUUUCAGCGAUAAACCACCUCCCCCUCUCUGACUUUUCACCAUUUUAGGGCUGCUUUGAUUAACUUUGACAGCUUUAGGCAUAAUCCUUAUAUUAUAUAUGUAUGCUUUGGAAUAAAAGUUUGGAAAACAAGAACAUUCCAGUUGUGUGUGUGAAUUGUGCCUGUGAUGAUAUGAGUAAGACUGUAAGAGCUUUAUA